AUGAAUGGGGUGGAUAUGAACAUGGUGAACGAUGGAGUAUGUUUUUCAAGUUUUGUUUUUAAAUUUUAGGUUUUUUACAAGCUUGAAGGCGGAAAGGGAAGCCUAAAUUAAAUUUUAAAUUUCCAAAACUUUAUUUACAAACCAAAAAUGGAAAGAACUUUCUUUCUAAUUCAAAAAGUGGCAAUAACUUUCUUUCCAUAGUAUAUAAUUUCAAAAACUUUGUUCACAAAGACAAGUUGUUUUUUAGUAACACUAAAUUAUAUUGCAGUACAACGAUUUCACUGAGAUGCAGACGGAUUUUGGGUAUUCGAACAUGGCCAUGCCGAUUGGAUUCACGGAAAUGGCUUGUAUGAGCUUUGAUCAUAGAGAGAACUUGUUAUGGAUUGUUGAUGCUAGUGUAGGUUGCGUUUUUAUGUGUUUUUUCAAUUUUAGGUAUGUUUGAAGGAAUUUAUGGUUUAUAAAUGAGUAAGCGAAGGAGGUAAUGGUUGAUACCUAAAUAAAAUCUUUUGAUGUUAAGCGUGGCUUUUAUCAAAAACACUUUAUUUAUAAUGUAGAAAAACGUUUUCUGUUUGUUGUCUUACAGAAAUUGAUGAAAAAACGUUGUUUGAUGUAAAAAAGCUACUUUUUCGGAGUUAGCCAUGGUUAAUAUGAAGAAAAACUAAGGAUUUGAUUGAUUUCAGGGCCACGUAGUAUCGUAUUACCGGACAGCUUUACAACUGUACAGCCGGUUCUUUUGGCCAUUAGAUAAGCACGAUACAGAUGCUCAUACUAUCGUUCCAACAGCUGAACAUGUUAUUAUAGUUGGUAAAUCAACUGUUGCCGCGUUUACACGAGGCGGAGUGCCUGUUUAUUUUUAUAGGUAAUAUUAUAUUACAAGUUGUAUGCUUUUGUGAUUUUCAAUUCUUUUUACUAUAAAAAGUAUUUGAAUUUAUGCUUACAAACUAUUUUUAGGUCAGAAAACCUGUCAGACCUAUGCUGCGCUCAUUGGGACCCGUAUACGAACUUAUUGUUCUUAGGAGGACUUCAAGAUACGAUGAUAGUGUUUGAUAUUGAAGUGCGAUCAGAACGGAACAUUAUCAAGUUGAAAGAGCAAUCAUCUACGAUUAUUAGGACGACGGAACGAUAUCUUGUGUCCGCUAGCGAUGAUGGAAAGGUAAGUUUGCUUAUGUUUUAGGUAACAAAUAUCACGAAAAGUCAAAAAUUUUCUGGCAGUAUUGAUAAUGGAAAAAACGUAUUUUACAAUGUUAAAAAAGACAAGAACUUUCUUUACAAGCUAAUAAAUGGCGAUAAUUUUUGCUAUGUUAACAAUAUUGUUGUAGAUAACAGUCCGAUCCAAAGAUCUCAUGAAGUACAACUUGAUCGCUCAAACUCAAGCACAUUCAGGCAAGGUAAUCGACUUUGAUGUACAUGGAACAUAUUUGGUUUGUUGUGGAAUGUCACAGAAGUCCAAUGGGUAAGACUUGGGUUUUUACUUGUAUUUUAGGUAACAAUGUGCAUUUUUCAAAAUUUUUAUUAAAGUUAUAGAAUUUUGGCUAAUUUUUUACAUGUACCAUUUUUUAGAACGCUAGUAUACGACAACUUUUUAAAAGUGUACGACGUUCGAAACCUAACUCCACAAGUGCCUAUACCAUUCAAUAGACACCCAAACAUAUGCAAAUUUAUUGGAAUCGACUCGUUGAACGAGGAGAAAGUUGUGGUUACCUCUGGAGUAAGUUUAUGUCUCAAAAAGAAAUUUUUUUUGACGUUUUUUGUCUGUAAUUGAAGUUUUUGCUAUUUUGAAGUUUGUAAAGAAAGUUACUGCUAUUAUGAGUUUUGUAAAAAAGUUUUUGCCAUUUUAAUCUAUAAGGAGACUUUUGUUUUAGGCAACAUUAUUCUUGGUAGACAUCUUGGAAAACAAACUAAACUUCCUUGGUACAUUACACAUGCCAGCAUCCCAUCUCUGUGCGUCUGAUUCACAUCAAGCGAUUGCUGUGGGAAUCGGAGAUUGUAAGUUGUUCAUAGUUUGUGAUGAUUUUUUUAAGGAGAAUAGCUGUUUAGGCUUGGAUUUGUUAUUUUUGGGCUUAUCUUAGUUAUUUUUUAGGCUUAUUUUUGUUAAGUUUGACUUAAAAUUGGGAUUUCAGGUCCAUCUAUGGUACAACUGUUCUGGACAGAUGACGAAGAUCCUCCUUUUUCAUUAUGUGAUAUUGAUCCGAUUUUUCCUAUUGAGGUAAGGAUUAGGCAAUAAAAAAGGGUAAAUUUUAUAUGAUUGGCAGCUUUAAAAUUGAAAAUUUUGAAUUUAAAAAAUUUUUUUUGAUUUUAAAAAAAAUAUUUUUUUUGGAUUUUUUAAAUUUUUUUUUGAUAAAUUUCAAUUUUUCAGGAAGAUAAAGACAUGCCAAUACCAUAUGACGCCCCUACCCCGUUAGCAACAUUCCCCUUGAGGUAUUGUCCUGGAAUGGACUAUUGUUCGGAUAGGUGGCCUGACGUGCUCAUGAGGCGGAGAUAUUUGUAG